CCUUCGUCUCAGCCUUCUCCUUACGCUUCUCCGAUCUCCAUUCUCGUCGCUCUCCAUCGCCACUCCAAAACCCUAGCUCCGGUCCCCCGCCGUAUGGCCUCCUCCGACCACCGGGAUCUCCUCCCCCCACUGCGAACCUCGGACGCUGCCGCCGCCUCCGAUCACGUCUCCACCUCCUCCGCCGCCGCCGGAGACCGCAGGGUCAAGCUUCGCUACAGCUACAGCGGCAAGAUCCUGCCGCGCCUAAGCGACGGCGCCCUUCGCUACGUAGGCGGGGAGACCCGCAUUCUCACCGUCCGGCGCGACGUCUCCCUCCCCGAGAUCCUUCGCAAGAUGGUCGAGGUCUACGGAGGCUCCGUCGCACUGCGGUACCAGCUCCCAGAUGAGGACCUCGACUCCCUCAUAUCCGUCUCUACAGAGGAGGACCUUGAGAACAUGAUGGAGGAGUACGAUAAGCUUGCGGCCGAGGAUCCCAACGCCAAGCUUCGGGUCUUCCUCUUCUCGCCCUCCGAAGUGGGUACCGAUCCGCUUGCUCCCUUCCAUGAUUUACAGGACACUGGCGCGAGGUAUCUCGAGGCUAUCAAUGGAUUGGAUUUGAGCAUCAGGAGAAGGGAUAGCGUGGCUAGCUUAUCUUCGACCCAGAAUUCGGAUGGAAUUGCGGUUGCUGAGGCAGUGGCCAACGAAGGCACUGCCAAUGAGGGUAUGUUGCCUGUUCGUUUGUCCCCUCCUGUUGCAUCUGAUGAAUCAAAAUCUAUUUUUGUGGGGCAAGACGUUCCAGAUCUAUUGAUGACUACAAUUUCCAGUGGUCAAACUCAAUAUUUAAUACCAAUACAAUUGGAGGUGCCCCCUACCACGCCAAAUCAAAAUUUGUUCAUCAACACAAUACAAGCUGAAUUACCUUCUGCAACACCAGCUGUUGCACAACCCUACAUAGAUGCACAAAAUGCUCAAAUGAUGAAUCCCCAACCUUUCCUAGCAAUGGGAGUUCCUCAACAGAUUAAUGUUGUAGGGCCACCGCAUUCAUAUAUGAUGCCAUCCCAAACUAAUACCUCAACCACCCAUGUGGGUAAUGGACUGAUGAGAGUGGAAUCCCAGAUGGACCCUCAUGCUGGAAAGAUUCUUAGGAUUCCUGGUGAUGCAAAGCUUCAGCCUCUAUCACAGCUCCCUCCACUGCCUCCUCCGCACUUCAUCACAACAAAUGUAGAACGCCGCCAAGUGCCUCCAUCAUCCCAAGGUCUGUCAGUGAGAUUUGAGGGCUGUUAUCUAUGUCAGAGAGCCUUACCUCAUGCACAUUCAGAUAUCCUUAUCAGUGACCAAGGUAAUGACCAGAAACAUGCUAGUCCUGAAGCAAAUACACUCUUACUGAGCCAUCAUUCAGAGGAUUUCACAAAAAGGAUACCCUUGCAGACAGCAGGUAUGUUGUUGCCUAUGGAUAAUGCGGUGGACAUACAACCUAAUAAUUUGGUAGCAGCUGCUCUUCCAGGGAACCAUCAGUUUGCUGAGACAAUUCAGGCAACCCCCCAGAUUAAUGCAAGACCAGUUGUAAAUCCAGCCAAUCUGGACCACACUAAGAUAUCCAUGCCAACAGCUUCUGGUGAUUUACCAGGCCUUUCACAAGUAUUACAUGGACCUGUCGGCAAUCCUGAGAAAUCUCAUCAAGAAGAGUCGGUCCAAAACCAACCAGAAGUGCCUGUAAAUAGUGAUUGUAGUAAUAUAGUACAAACAUCAGCUUCAAUGGCAAUGCUCCACAAUCUUUAUGCAACAUUCAUCACUCAAUCUCUUGGAGAGGAUUCCUCACAGCAGAUGCAAUUGCCACAGCAGAUUGGGUACCAUAAUUAUCCACUUAAUCUGGGUAUUACCAAUAGGUCUUUUGUUAUUGAUGCUAAUUUAGUUGGAAGUACAGAGGUACAAGAGGGAGUACAACUGACUGACAGAACUAUGCCUACUUUCUUGCAUGGUCAUGUUAGGCCUAUGGAUGGGAUGCUGCAACCUCUUAAUGUACUUCCUGCUGGAAUUCAUGGUUUCAACAACCAUGCAAGAUCAGUUGUCCUGGCUGAUAUUGGCACCUCCAAGGAUUCAAGGGUUAAUCAGCCACCAUUGGUCAUGUUGAAUAGCCAUAACACCAGGAUACAGGAUGGAGAGAGUGGACUGUCUAAUAGCAAUCCACUAAUUGCAUCUGCAGUGGUUCCAGCUGGAAAUUCCAGUUUGCUACCUAAUCAAUUGACAUCUAUGUCGAGGGAUAUUGCAUAUGAGCAUAGCGGUCAACUUUUUAAUCCCAUCCACACUCCAAACAUCAUAGGGAAUUAUGGACAAUACUCGGAUCAUCAUGAAACAGCGGCUGGACUAAGAGGGAUGUACAAUUAUGUAGAUCCUACCCACAACAACAAUUAUACCAGCAAUAGGAAUGUAAGUGAUAAAAAGAACAUGGAAGCUCCUAGUGUCCGUUCAGUAGAAGUAUUUGAUGGUGGGUCAAUACUUCAAAAUGACAGUGCACAGCUUCACCUUAACAUGGACCAAUUGCAUCAAGCUGUUUCCUCAGAUCCACUUGCCUGCAACAUGGUUCCUGUGAAACUGUUGGACAAUACAAUCCUGCUUCCAAGACCUAGUAAUAUUUCUGCAGCAACAGAGGAUUUAUGCAAUAUAAACUAUUCUGCAAAUAUUUCAGAUUUCGAGAUACCUAUUCCUGCAAGUGUAUCUGGUCACUUACCAAACUCUUCAAAAACAGAUGUGCCCACAGAGCUCCCACAUCCAUUAAAAGGAGAUGCUUGCAUUAAGCAAGAUAUCCAGCUAAACGAAGGGAGAACGAGAGCAACAGCAUCAGCACCAACACUACAGCCAUGUGAAAUUUUGGUACCUAUUGUCAGUUCCCAUGAAACAGAAGAGACCGGUUUCAAUUCUUUGAAGGAAUGUACAGCCGUAAAUGAUGAAGUAGCUAUGGAUGGAAAGACAGAGACUAAGAACAGACAGUCAGAUAAACCAAAGAUCCGUUUUCCAAAUAUAGAAGGGAUUGAACACCUCCAGGUAAUAAAUAAUAGUGAUUUGGAGGAGUUGCAAGAACUUGGAUCAGGUUCUUUUGGGACUGUAUAUCAUGGCAAAUGGAGAGGCACAGAUGUCGCCAUCAAAAGAAUCAAUGAUAGGAUUUUUUCUGGGAACUCCUCAGAGCAGGAUCGUGCGUGGGCUGACUUUCUGAAUGAGGCUUGUAAACUUGCAAGUCUGCACCAUCCAAAUGUUGUGGCAUUUUAUGGAAUCGUUCUUGAUGGCCCUGAGAGAUCUAUUGCAACAGUAACGGAGUUUAUGGUUAAUGGUUCACUUCGGCGUGCUCUACAGAAGAAUGAGAAGAUGUUUGAUAAACGUCGGCGUCUUCUUAUUGCGAUGGAUGUGGCAUUUGGCAUGGAAUACUUGCAUAGUAAAAGCAUUAUACACUUCGAUUUGAAAAGUGAUAAUUUUCUGGUCAACUUGAGGGAUCCCCAGCGUCCAAUAUGCAAGGUUGCUGAUCUUGGUCUCUCAAAAUUGAAAUACGAGACAUUAAUGUCUGGCGGCAUGCGAGGAACACUCCCAUGGAUGGCACCUGAACUUCUUGGUGGCAAAGAGAACAAGUAUAGUGAGAUGGUUGAUGUAUUCUCAUUUGGUAUAGUGAUGUGGGAGCUCAUUACUGGAGACGAACCAUAUCGAGAUAUGCACUAUGGAGCCAUUAUAGGUGGGAUUGUGAGCGACACAUUGCGGCCUCCUGUGCCCGAAUCUUGUGAUCCCGAAUGGAGAUCACUGAUGGAGCAAUGCUGGGCCACUGAGCCUUCACAGAGGCCAAGCUUCACUGAGAUUGCAAGCAGGUUAAGGGCUAUGGCAAUUUCUCUACCCCAGAAAGGAGAUAGGCCAUAGCAACUGGCCUACCGCAACAUCAAGUAGCCACAGGUCAGUGCCACUCCCUGACCUAUUUAUCGCCUUCACGAAUCUUCUCGGCGAUUACAAUUUUGGUUUGUAAUGAAGUUGAUAAUCUCUUUCCCUACUCUUGAUAAACACUUUGCUACUGAUUCUUUAAACUAGAAAGAGGUAGUAGUGACACUUUGCUAUUCUCAAAUAUAUAGUAGUAGUAUAGCUUUUUUACUUCGAAAACAAAUUGUUUCGAUCUAUUAGACAAGGAAAAUAAAGUUGGGGACUUUUUUUUUUUUUUGUCUUUUUUGUUCUUAUGACUCUUAAAGAAUCACAUUUUGUAUCAGUCCUGGCAGAGUUUAUGUCACUACUAAUAUCUAAUGUUUCCCUUUGUCUGAU